AUGCAGCUGCCGCCCUUCGACAUGUGGAAGGACUACUUCAACCUGAGCCAGGUGGUCUUGGCACUGAUCCAGAGCCGGAGGCAAAGGCUAGAGGCCCAAGAGAUCUCAGAGCCGAGACCUGUGCCCCAGGCGGUGCCCUUUCAGGAGCUGGGAGGCCCGGGAGCCAGCGGGGGCCCAGCCGCCCUGUGCAACUUCUGCAAACACAACGGGGAGUCUCGCCAUGUCUACGCCUCACACCAGCUGAAGACCCCGGAGGGCGUGGUGGUGUGCCCCAUCCUGAGGCACUACGUGUGUCCCCUUUGUGGGGCCACCGGGGGCCAGGCCCACACACUCAAGUAUUGCCCACUCAACGGUGGCCAGCAGUCCCUCUACCGCCGCAGUGGGCGCAACUCGGCCGGCCGCAAGGUCAAGCGCUGA